AAUGUCACAUUCUAAUCACAAGCUGUUCAUUGCAUUUCAGGCCGAUGUUAUAAUGGCCUUAGCUGGGUCAAGCGGGGAUCGUGGUCAGCUAACUAUGCAACAAAAUCAACUGCUCGGCCAGUUAACGAAAGCGAAACUCCAAACGGAGAACUCGACAUCGGUAUGGCAAGUGACACCACCUCGUCAUUUGCCAAAGAAGCUCGUAGAAAGCUGUGUUGCCGGGAGUUCAGCUCCCAUAGCCAGCUCGGUCGAGAGAGUCACAGCAUCAGCAGGAGUUGGUAAGGAUGUUAGAAACCAAGUUCAAGCUGCUGCUGAUUCGAGUGCGGAGAAGAAGAGAGAGUUGUGAUAUUCGUUCCCCGACUCAAACGAAUGUUUCGAAAUGCAUCAAAGUCAGCUGUUGUAAGGCAUUUCUCGUGGCGCCCGUCCUUGUUUCGGUACUUUUUAGCUUCGAUAUUUGUUGUAUUUUCUUACCGUUUUGUUUCGAGGGGAGGGGAUUCCGGGUUUAAACUUGAUGAGCAAUGGAAAUGAAUUCCCUUUCUUUUUAUGGAACUUGCUGUUUAAGAAA